AGGGCUGCCCCCGUCGCGUUUUGUUCACAAGAGAUGAUCCUCACGCAGUGCGCCGUCUGCGCCACCGACCUUGGUUUAUCCUUGGGCAAGAAAUGCGGCCGCUGCAGCACGCGCUACUGUGGCCCCGAAUGCCAGGUGCAGCACUGGAAAGAAGGCGGGCACGACCAGCUCUGCAAGAAAAUAAAGCGCUCUGGUGGCGCGGAACAGUACAACGCAAAUAAGAAGUACACGGAGGCCGUAACGCGCGCGGCGGAGGCGUGCGCCGACGACACAAAGGGCCAGACGUGCUACAUCUGCACGCAGGCCCUCCAUUGGAAGACGAAAGAGGGCCUCGUGCGCGGGUGCUCGUGCCGCGGGACGGCGGGCUUCGCGCACGUGUCGUGCUUGGCAGAGCAGGUGAAGAUUUUGGUCGCGGAGGCCGAGGAAAAUAAUUUUUUGGGCUCUGAUAAGUUUGUGCCGAGGUGGGCGCGGUGGUACACGUGUAGCCUGUGCGAGCAAGAUUAUCACACGGUCGUACGGUGCGCGCUCGGGUGGGCGUGCUGGAAGACAUACUUGGGUCGGCCGGAGACAGACAAGCUUCGGCGAACUGCGAUGAACCUGCUUGGGGGCGGUUUAUACAGUGCGGAACACCACGCGGACGCGGCGUCGGUGAUGGAGGCCGAGUUGUCCAUGAUGCGGCGAAUUGGCGGUUCAGACAAUAGCGACAUAUUCGUCGCGCAGACUAAUCUUGCGAGCACGUAUCAGGCGCUUGGACGGCUUGACCAGGCCAUGUGCUUGCGGCGAGAGGCAUACGCCGGAGGAUUAAAGCUCUUUGGUGAAGAAGAUAAUAAUGUCCUCUCAGCAGCCAACAACUACGCGAAGUCCCUUCUUACUCUCAAGCGCUCCGAAGAAGCCAAGGCGUUGCUACGCAAAACGAUGCCCGUGGCGCGACGCGUUCUCAGAGAAGAACAUAGAAUCACGCUCAAAAUGAGGUGGAAUUAUGCGCUGGCGCUCUGCUGUGACCCCAGUGCCACGCUCGACGAUGUCAGCGAGGGCGUGUCGACGCUCGAGGACGCGGGACGGAUCGCGCGGCGCGUGCUAGGCGGCGCACAUCCGACCACAGAAGGAAUUGAGAAUGCCCUGCGAGACGCGGGGGCCGCGCUCGCCGCCCGCGAAGGUGACUGCGUGACCUCUGUCUGCGAGGCGGUGGCCGCUGUGAAUUUACUGGACGGGUCCUAAGCACCGCACAAAACGUAAAGCA